AUGCCGCUUGACGAGCCGCCUUCGCGCGACGUCAAAAUCAACGUCAACGAACCACAGCUCGUCCAUGAGGGCGGCGGCGUCGCGCCACACGGGGCGGUCGAGCGCGACGUAGUUGCCCUCGAAGACGACGAUGCGGUGCGCCGGGACGACGGCGAUGUCGCCCUCGCGCGGGUCCUUGAUGGCGUGGUCGAAGCUCGGGGCGCGGAUGGUGGGCGUGUGCGGCGUCAGGAGGGGGCGCGCAGGGGCGCGCCACGAGGGCCAAAGAAGGCGGCGCUAUCAGACUCCAUCCUCGAGUAUGAAGGUGAGGGUGAGGAGGUGGAGGUGGAGGUGGAGGUGGAGGUGGAGGUCGCGGCGGCGGCUGCUGCGAGGGCGUUGAGCCGGGUUGUGAUGAUGCCGGAGAGGGUCGUCUUGCCGGAGCCGGGGAUGCCGCCUAUGGCGAUGACUGAGGGGAGAAAUGUCAGUUCAUCUUUGUUUUGUGGUGAUUAUUUUGGCGGGAUGCGGUGCUGUCAGGCGAGAUGCCUGCUUGUUGCAGCUGUACUGUCAAUGCCCAAGACCUACCUGCUGCACCCAAGCACAAUGCAUACCCAGGCAGGCUCGACUACAAUGAUCGCGGUAGCACUGCUUGGCGGUGGCAUAUUUGCUCGAGAGCAAUAUGUACCAGCCAUCCGGGACUCCCCAUCUCUCACCCUGCGAGCCGUGUACUCUCGAUCCGAAAAGACAGCCGCCGCCGUCGCGGCUGCAGUCGAGCCCAGGCCAGCCAUCUACCAUGACACCCCCGGCACGGAGAAAUCCUCGCUCGACCAUCUCUUGUCCCGCGCUGACAUAUCCGCCGUCAUCAUCUGUCUCCCCAUCCCCGUGCAGGCGGGCAUCGUCCGCCGCGCCCUGGCGGCAGGCAAGCACGUCCUCAGCGAGAAGCCCAUUGCGCGCGACGUCGCGACGGCGAGCGCCCUCCUCGCCUGGCAUGUGAGCCGGCCGAGCACGCCCGUCUGGGCCGUUGCCGAAAACUUCCGCUUCAACGAGAGCCUGCGGUACGCCGCCGACAGGCUGCGCGACAUCGGGGGGCGGCUGGUGACGUUUCGGCUGGUCUUUUACACGUGCAUUCAGAAGGACAACAAGUACUACCAGACUGAAUGGCGCCAAACUCCGGAUUUCCAGGGCGGCUUCCUCCUCGACGGGGCUGUGCAUUUCAUUGCCUCGCUUCGGCUUUUACUGGGCGCGACGGGAGAUACGAUCAAUAGGGUCAUGGCAGCUUCUGCGCUCCUCCAGGAGCAUCUCGUCCCCGUGGAUACAAUCCAUGCCGUCGCCUUGACAGAAUCCGGCCGCAGCGGCACCAUCAGCCUCUCUUAUGGCAUAGAGCCCAAGUCUGACCUCGAGAUUGUCGUUAUCACAACGACGGGCUCUGUCACCUGGACACCGGUGAAGGUUCAAGUGAUCAAUGCAACGGGCCUGAUGAACGGGGUCAAGGAAUUCAUCUACGACAACGCCGUAAGGGCUGAGAUUGAGGCCUUUUGUAGGAGUCUGCCGAGUGGAGUGUCUGAUCAGCUGCAAACACCCUUGGAGGCAUUGGGAGAUCUGAAGAUUUUGCAAGCUCUUCUCGAGUCCGGAGAAGACGGUGGAACUCCCAGAGAUAUCAAUAGCUAG